ACAAAGGGUCGGUUCUCCGCCCCUUCGGCGCCACCACGUGUGUCCCCGAGCUGAGUGGCCACCCGUCUCAGUCCCUCGCCGGCCGGUUUGGGCAGCGGAGGAGGCGAGUAGUUGUUAGAGGCUGGAGGCUUCGCUAUGGGAAGUCGCUCCUUUGCACUGUCGCGGCCAGCCCUGCUCCCUGGUUCUCCGCAGCCGCUGUCGCUGGAGAGCACCGGGAGGCGCCGGCUGCGAGCGCGCCAGCUUCUCCGCGCCCGGGCGCCAGCGCCCCUGGGCAGGUGCUGAGCGCCUUCCCGAGCCUCCCCUGCUGCCUGCGUCUUCCGCCUGGCCGCCCGGCUGCUGCAGUGCACAUGGGCUGCUGGAGGUAGAUGGGCUCACCGCCCCGGAGGCGGCGGUGGAUGCGGCGCUGGGCAGAAACAGCCACCGAUUCCAGCAGCCGUGGGGCCGCGCGCUCCGGGCCCCCUGCGAGCCCCAGGCUCGGCCAUGGGGACCUCGGCAAGCAGCAUCACCACCCUCGCCUCUUGCAGCCGCGUCGCCGGCCAAGUCGGAGCCACUAUGGUCGCCGCCUGCCUUCUCCUGCUUGGAUUCCUCAGCACCACCACAGCUCAGCCAGAACAAAAGACCCUGAGUCUCACUGGCACCUACCGCCACGUUGACCGGACCACUGGCCAGGUGCUAACCUGCGACAAGUGUCCGGCAGGAACGUAUGUCUCCGAGCACUGUACCAACACGAGCCUGCGGGUCUGCAGCAGUUGCCCUGAGGGGACCUUUACCAGGCACGAGAACGGCAUAGAGAGAUGCCAUGACUGUAGCCAGCCAUGCCCAUGGCCGAUGAUUGAGAGAUUACCUUGUGCGGCCUUGACUGACCGAGAAUGCACUUGCCCGCCUGGAAUGUAUCAGUCUAACGGUACCUGCGCUCCCCACACGGUGUGCCCUGUGGGCUGGGGUGUGCGGAAGAAAGGGACAGAGAAUGAGGAUGUUCGGUGCAAGCAGUGUGCUCGGGGUACCUUCUCGGAUGUGCCUUCCAGUGUGAUGAAAUGCAAAGCCCACACAGACUGUCUAGGUCAGAACUUGGCAGUGGUCAAGCCGGGGACCAAGGAGACAGACAACGUCUGUGGCACACGCCUGUCCUUCUCCAGCACAAUCUCACCUUCCCCUGGAACAGCUAUCUUUUCUCACCCUGAGCACAUGGACUCCCACGAUGUCCCUCCCUCUACCUAUGAGUCCCAAGGCAUGAACUCAACAGAAACCAACUCUACUGCCUCUGUUAGACCAAAGGUACCAAGUGGCAUCCAGGAAGGGACAGUUCCUGACAACACAAGCUCAACAAGUGGGAAGGAAGGCAUGAACAAGACCCUCCUAAGCCCACCCCAAGUUACCCACCAGCAAGGCCCCCACCACAGACACAUCCUGAAGCUGCUACCGUCGUCCAUGGAGGCCACUGGCGAGAAGUCUAGCACGGCCAUUAAGGCUCCCAAGAGGGGCCACCCCAGACAGAACCCACACAAGCAUUUCGACAUCAAUGAGCACUUGCCUUGGAUGAUUGUGCUCUUCCUCCUGCUGGUGCUGGUGCUGAUAGUGGUCUGUAGUAUCCGAAAGAGCUCCAGGACUCUCAAGAAGGGGCCUCGGCAGGACCCCAGUGCCAUCGUGGAGAAGGCAGGGCUCAAGAAGGCCUUGACUCCAACUCAGAACCGGGAGAAGUGGAUCUACUACUGCAACGGCCAUGGUAUCGACAUCUUGAAGCUUGUAGCUGCCCAAGUAGGAAGCCAGUGGAAGGACAUCUAUCAGUUUCUCUGCAACGCCAGUGAGAGGGAGGUGGCUGCCUUCUCCAACGGAUACACGGCAGACCACGAACGGGCCUAUGCAGCUCUGAAGCACUGGACCAUCCGUGGUCCCGAGGCCAGCCUCGCCCAGCUCAUCAGCGCCCUGCGCCAGCACCGACGCAAUGAUGUUGUGGAGAAGAUUCGUGGGCUGAUGGAAGAUACCACGCAGUUGGAAACUGACAAACUGGCACUCCCCAUGAGCCCCAGCCCGCUUAGCCCGAGCCCCAUUCCCAGUCCCCACGUGAAACUUGAGAAUUCCGCUCUCCUCACAGUGGAGCCUUCGCCCCUGGACAAGAACAAGGGCUUCUUCGUCGAUGAGUCGGAGCCCCUUCUGCGAUGUGACUCCACGUCCAGUGGUUCGUCGGCGCUGAGCAGGAACGGCUCCUUUAUUACCAAAGAAAAGAAGGACACAGUGUUGCGGCAGGUCCGCCUGGACCCCUGUGACUUGCAGCCCAUCUUUGAUGACAUGCUGCACGUCCUCAAUCCUGAGGAGCUGCGGGUGAUUGAAGAGAUUCCCCAGGCUGAGGACAAACUGGACCGUCUCUUCGAGAUUAUCGGGGUCAAGAGCCAAGAAGCCAGCCAGACCCUCCUGGACUCCGUGUAUAGCCAUCUUCCUGACCUACUGUAGAACACAGGGGCACUGCAUUCUGCAAAGCAACCUACUGGCAGGGUGGUUUCAUUUUCUUUCUGACUUUUGUGUUUUGCUGUGUGCGUGUAUGAAUGUGUUUAGCGGAGUAUAUGGCCGGCUCUUGAGCUUUCUUUCUUUCUUUCUUUCUUUCUUUCUUUCUUUCUUUCUUUCUUUCUUUCUCUUUUUUCCACUUCUUGAAAGUGAAUUUAUAAAGCCUUUUCAAUGUAUAACUGUUGAAAAUGCCCACCACUAAAGCUUUUUUUUUUUAAGUUCCAUAUAGUCUCCAUUUUUGCCUUCUUACGUGUUUUCAAAACUAUUCUGUGCACUUUAGAAACUUAACAUAAAUGCAGUGUGACUUUUCCCACAUGCUGGGUUCUGAGACUCUUAACUUCUUAAAAACUUAAUGGCAUCUUGUGACUUCUAUAAGCAGACAUAAGUCUUUCAAUGCCCACACUGACUUUGUUUUUUCAUUAUUAUAACGAUUACUCUGUGUCUUACUGUUUGUCCUAUACAAGUGUUCUUAAGGACUGAGGGAAUUUAAGACCCUGUUCAUUACUGCAGUGGGAGUAGACUUUGAGUUAUCUUUUUCAUGUCUUGUAUAGUUCAUAUUCAUGGCUGAAACUUGACCACACUAUCUAUCGCUGAUUGUACGGUUUUCGUCUGGGACACCGUACCCUGCUUGGUAACUUGUGCUCCUCUUAAUGCUAAUACGCUCUGGGCUGGUGAAUGAAAUCCUCAAGUCAUCAGGACUUGCUGUUUCAGUGGCUUGACACCUGGGCCACCAAAGAACUUGAUCUUUAUCUUUUUAGAAACACCUCUGCUCCACCUUGGAAAGUCAACCUUGAGUGCCAGCUUUGCUCUGAAAGAUAUUGUUUUUUUUUUUUCUUUUUUUCCUUUUUUUUUUUCUUUUUCUUCUUUUUUACAAAUAUGCAUACUCAAUAGUUUCAGUCUGCCCUCAAGGCCUUGCUGGGUUUUCUUCAUCAUUCAAUCACUUUAAUUAAAAAUGGCUGCAGCUGUAAGAACUCUUGUCUGAUAAAUUUGCAACGAUGCUCUCAUUUACCAGCCCGCCCUCUAAUGCUCAGCUGUCAGACCCUAACGCAAAGGAGGGCGUGGACUGCCUUUGUGUGGGCGGGCUUAGUGAUGAGGAACUGAUAUCAGAAAAAUGCCUUCAAGUAUACUAAUUUAUUAAUAAAUAUUAGGUGUUUGUUA